UACGGAAAGAUACAGAUGCAUCGUAUGCACAAAUGCAACAGGACAACGGUUGGGGAAGUCUCGAAGAGAACAUGUAGGUAUAUAAAGCCUGAGGAAACCGAACUGGAUAUCAGUCUUCAACAUGUUGCGUCCACUGCAUUUCGUGCUGCUUUUAUUGGCGAUAACCUUUGUGGUGUCCGUACCGGUGCCAGAACAAGUAGCUGAGAACGGACUAAGUAACUUAGAGGAAAGAGCCGAAGCAAAUGAUUUAGAAGCAGACGCUAGCUUUUGGGGAUACUCAAGACCAUGGAGAUAUGGCUGGGGUGGCGGAUUGUACGGCAGAGGAUGGGGUUGGGGUGGCAGAGGCUGGGGUGGCGGAUGGUACGGAAGAGGAUGGGGUGGCAGAGGCUGGGGAUGGUGGUAAAAUCAGAUGUUUAAGGAACAUUCUGAAUUCGACCGCACAAUUUUCAAUGUUAUAUGUAUAUCUGAGAAAUCUUAGAAAUGUAGCAAAGCAAACAAUGAUUAAGUAUAUUAUUAAGAAACGUUCACGUUACUUUUAAUGAAAAAUGUAAAAGGAACAAGAAGAAAGCAUAUAAAAGAGAAUAAAUAUUUAGCGAUUGAAAAAUGAAA